AUGGCAUCCAAUGUGUCAUUUAUUGUCUUGCUGGUGAUUACAGUUGCUCGAGCAGCUUCUGCGCAAGAUAGACAGUGCGACAUGCAAGCAUAUCGUGACAGCGAUUGUGUAGCUACUAUCUCUUUUCCAUACAGUUGCCCAUCGGCUAGUGUCGAUUUGACUAAUCUUGAUUUUCUGAAAUCGUGUACUUCAGUCAAUUUACGUUGGGCUUAUCCAGCGAAUAAUCUAACGUUGAUCAUCGGAACACAUCAACAUCAAGCGUUCACGAUUUCUAUUAACAACGAUCGGCUGAUGAACUUUGUCUCUCAUGUCUUUCGAAUUAUUGAUGAUAAAGAAACAGAAGUGACAACAAAAGAUCACAAAUUGAUUGAAAAUUCGGAUUCACAUUAUCAAAUUAAACUCAAACUACAUGUCCCACCGGAAUUGAUGCCUUAUCUAGGCUUUGUCGACUAUAAUAUUUAUUAA